CGUCCAUCUUGUUUCCAAAUUCCACUUAAAAGCACUUGAACACACUCGGGAAAUGGGACCAUCCGAGGUGACUGCAGCAUUUCGCUACAAGUGCCAGGCUAUCUUACAGGGCGGAAUAACCCGGAAAGGACCGACAUUCUACGAAGGCUCGGGACACUGGUAUCCAAGCAACCAGUGUGUUUCUCAGCAGUUUCCGUUUAACGCCACACUUACGGUAAUGUAACAACUUUUCUGUCAAAAUGUAUAAUGUGGAAUUACUCUCAGACCGCAUUGCUAGGACAAGUCUACAGAGGCGUCGCAACAAAGAGGCUGAAAGACAAGAAAGGAUUUUUAAUGACAAAGUGAGGACGAUUGGGGUUGACAAGGAAGAACUGGACAUGCAAGUGAAGGAAAAGAAGGAACGAGAAGCGGCAGAAAAAGACAAACAAAACGCACAAGAUGCUGAUGUGCUCCACAAUAGCAAAGUAGCUUGCCUUCUGCAUAGCAGACAAGUGAAGGAGAAGCAUGCAAUGGAAAAGGCCAUUGUCAGCUACAGGCAUCAGUGCCAGCCGCCUUGGAGCCAGCGGGAAUUUGACCUGAAUGACCCAGACCGCUGUAGGAAAACAGACCUAGGUGAUGCACAGAUGAUGCUCCCUGGCCUGGUGGGCGAGGACCCGGACAGUAAAAGCAGAAAGCAGAGACAGAGGGAGCAGCUCAGAGAGUGGCUCCUCCAGCAGCAGAGUGAGCAAGCAGCAGAAAGGCAUCAGCGAAAAGUGGAAGAGCAGCGCUAUGACCAAAGCAGAGUGGAAAUGGACAACAAAGCUCUGCAGCUUCAGAGCCUUGACACAGAGAAGAGAAAAGCAGCAGUUAUUGCCACUAAAGAGUACAAUCUGGCCAAGAUUGAAACAAAGCGGCGCCACUGCCAGGUAGAGGAACGUAAUGACGAGGGUAAUCGAGAAGAUACCAUGAAUCACCUCCUGACAGGUGUAGAUGCUGAACCCACCCUGAGCGUGGUGGGGGUGCCUGGUCUUUGUCCCAGCAGUGAUAUGAGAGCCCCUCCAGAAAGCCAGCAGCAGAUCAUUCAGUUCCAGAAAUAUCAAAUAGAGGAGAAAAAGAAGAUGGAAUUAGAGAAAAAGCAAGAAGAGCAGCAACACAAUCGCAUCCGCUUGGACUCGGCUCGCACAGCUCUGUUAAUGGAGAGGCAGCAGGCGAGACUGAACAAGCAGCUGAGACGACACCUGGACAGCACCAACGUCAAACUAGCCGAAACACACAAACAACAGAAACCAGACAUUGAAAGAGGGUGCAUUGACGACAGCUUCUUCUCCAAAUUCAACACCUGCAGCAGAUGAUGGACGACGCGCUGCGCUGAUGACUGGCACCUUCCAGCGGCUAUGCACUGGUAUUGGUGCUACAUGAGAAGAACGCUUGAUAAACUCAACCACACAGUGAAUCAGCACUUGUCCUUUAAUGUAGUUCACAACAUUUACAUGUCUGGAUGACGCUGACAAUUGUUCAUAUGAAUCUUGGCUAUUGCUUAAAAGGCAGAAAUUACAUACUUUCUUUUGUUUCUUAUUUUUCAUAGAUCACAUCAAAUGUGCCUAAAUGAGCAAAGGUUAACUCUGCCUUCUUACAUAUUUAUGACAACAAAACAUCUGAAAAAUUACUUUCAAGUAAGGACUAUAAAGCGGUCUACUACGGCCUUCUUCCAUUUUAACUAACUACCUGUAACACUCUUACAAAACAUAAACACACUACAAAGAGAAAUUGAACAACUAUGUCUGGAACUGUUACUUACUCCAAAACACUGGUAAACCUGAAUCUUAAAGUGCAAAUAUAUACAAAAUCCUUAAUAAAACUAGAAAUUACAAUGUG